UCGUCGUCAUGGUAACCAACAACUUCCACAAAGGCUGUUAGCAUUUGGUUAGCAUCCCGCGGUGUCUCUUGUUUUGAUAUGAUGGGAACUUCAGAUACAUACCUUAUUCGACCAAAUCAUCAGGAAAAGUUUAAGCCAGCUGUGGUUAAAGAGUGCAUACGAGAAGUUGUCAGAGAGCGGCUCACUGGAGUGCGAUAUGAUGAUGAAGAGGUGCGACAGCUGUCCACAACACUGGCAGACAGCAUUAAGGACAGAGUCAAGAAGGCUGGUUUUGACAGAUACAAACUUACUGUGCAGGUUGUGAUUGGUGAACAACGAGGACAAGGAGUGAAGAUGUCCACAAGGUGCUUUUGGGAUGCUGACACGGACAGUUAUGCCGAAGAUGUGUUUAUCACUGAAAAUCUGUUUUGUGUGGUGGUGGUGUUUGGAAGCUAUUACUAUUGAUGGCUGUGUAGAAGAUGUGAGAUAAACUACCGUAUGCAGGACUGCUUUUUGAUGUAGGUAACGAUAACCUACAUUAAACAGAUCAACAACAUAUCUUAAAAUAACAGACUGAAACAAUUGGGAUUUUUUGUACUUUUUUUAUUUAUGCAUUUUGCUAUUCAUUAAAGGUAUAAUUUCUAUUUUUUUAGUUUGUGACCUGAAGUUAAAAUUCCACACUACAACACUAAAUAUACUGCAGUAGGUAAAAUAUAAAACUUGUUUUAUAUAAUGUAAUAAUCCCUG